AUGUCUUCUAAAGGCUUACCGGAAUCAAAUGGGUAUAUUUUUGUCGAGGCCAAUGGUGGUCUAAAUCAGCAGAGAACAUCAAUAUGCAACGCUGUGGCAGUGGCAGGCUACCUCAAUGCAACUCUUGUCAUUCUAAACUUUCACUUUCACAGCAUUUGGAGAGAUCAAAGCAAAUUUGGUGAUAUUUAUGAUGAAGAUUUCUUUAUAAAAACACUAGAAAAUGAUGUGCGGAUAGUUAGAACAAUUUCGGGCCACAUAAUGGAGAGGUUUGACUAUAAUAUGAGCAACGUUCACAACUUCAGGAUAAAAGCAUGGUCAUCUGUCAAGUACUACACUGACACAGUUCUUCCAAAACUACUAGAAGAAAAGAUUAUAAGAAUUUCUCCAUUUGCAAUAUCGCACUACGGGUCUAGAACGCUGGGCUGUUAUAGUGGUAUCAGAGCCAGUACCCGGGCCAUGUGCCAGCGAGGACGCUGGGCCCCUGUGAGGGGGGUGGAUGUAAUAUCCCACAUCGGUUGUGAAGGAGAACGAAGCAUGCCAUAUAAGUGGCUGUGGAUACCUUCACUAGUGUGA